AUGUCAGAACUCCGCCAGCGACCAACAGCCACGUCAAAGUCCAGCAACGGGCUGGAUAAAGACCCCAAUUUCAAACAGCACUCUAGCAACGACGAAAUCGAUGAAAUCGAUGAAUCCCACGGCAUAAGCCUGCUGGACAUAAUCCGUGUGAUUGUGACCCUACUGAUCGCUUGUGGCGGCCUCUCAUAUUACAUGACUUCCUCCGAGUCCUUGCUAUGGGGUUACAGACCAUGGUAUACACGGUGGCCGGUGGUGAAGCAGUGGGUGGUAUGCAAAUCCCGGUCCUCGUGUUUUCAAAAAGAUGUCACGUCACAAUUCAAGCUGACACAUGUUUCAAACAUAAAGCAGGGCCCUGUUACCCUGACAUCAAGCCAACUAUCCCUCUACAACGGUACAGACGCCAAUCUCCCCCUCUACGUCGCCGUGAAUGGGACGAUCUUCGACGUCUCGGCAAACCGUAUGAUCUACGGACCGGGCGGGAGCUACAACUUUUUUGCGGGGCGGGACGCAACACGCGCUUUUGUCACGGGCUGCUUUAAGGAGGAUCUAACGAAUGACAUACGUGGUGUCGAGAUUAUGUUCCUGCCCGUUGAGGAUGUCGAAAAUGAGGGUGUGACGGCUGCGCAGAAGAAAAUCCGUCGCGAGAAGGAGUUACGGGCUGCUAAAGCGCGGGUUGGGGCGACUGUAAAGAGGUGGACUGAAUUCUUUGCGAAUCAUGCGAAGUAUUUUGAGGCUGGGAGGGUGGUAGGUGAUGGAGGUGCUGGUGGGGAGCCGUGGCCGCUAUGUGAGAGUGCGCUGAAGCAGCGACCGAAGAGGAGUGCGAUAGUGGACAAGGAAGAGUCGUAG